UAAGUCUCGAUCGGUUAUCCGAGCGGUAAUGCCACGCUCCAUUUCCGAAAGUUUCAACCCUUGUUAUCGAAGCCCGUGGUGUAUGUGCCCGUUACUACAAUGUAUUUGCUCUUCCUGAAAGGAUACCCAUAAAUCUGAGAGAGGAAACUCGAAAUGGAUGGGGACGGCAAAAGGCAGCCUCGCAGUUAUUAGCAGUCACUCGUCUGCAGGAUGGCAACCUCGUCAUUUGCCAGAACCGUUGUUAUCCUAAUCAUCAGUGGUGUUCUAGCGAUUGCAUCCAGUUCCGAUACUCAAGGCUCUACCACAAACGAUGUGCAACGUGUUCCCCAAAACUUUUUAUUAGGCGCAUCUGCGUCCUCUUAUCAAAUAGAAGGCGCUUGGAACGAAGAUGGUAAAGGUCUGAAUGUCUGUGACCAGUGGACACAUCAGUAUCGAGAUAAAAUAUACAAUCAUUCCAAUGGCGAUGUGGCUUGCGACUUUUACCACAAAUAUAAAGAAGACGUACAAACGUUAAAAAAUAUUGGAGUCGAUUUUUUCCGAUUUUCUCUUAGUUGGUCGCGAAUCUUACCGAAUGGUUAUUCCAACGUGAUUAAUCACGAUGGACUCAAGUUUUACAAAGAUCUUAUUGACGAAUUGAUUGCAAAUGACAUUGAGCCGUUUGUCACUCUAUAUCACUGGGAUCACCCGAAUGUUUUCGAAGAUAUGGGCGGAUGGACCAAUGAAUUGAUGGUCGAGUGGAUAUCCGAAUACGCAAGAGUCGUCUUCAAGGAGCUUGGCCCCAAAGUUAAAUAUUUUACGCCCAUCAAUGAACCUACAAUUUUAUGCAAUUUAGGGUACGGGUCAGAUCUACUAUCGCCAGGAAAGAAAUUAAAUGGUACCGGGCCGUUACAAUGCAUACACAACACUUUAAAGGCGCAUGCUAGGAUUUAUCAUAUCUACGAUAAAGAAUUUCGUAAGGAACAGAAUGGUCAAAUAGGCCCAAACAUUCCUUGCAAUGGACUGUUCGCCAAAACUACCGAAGACGUCGCAGCGGUAGACACCUACUUCCAAUUUAGCUGCGGCAUAAUAGCGGCUCCUAUUUUUUCCAAGACUGGCGACUAUCCGGAGAUAGUGAAAAAUCAUAUGGCCGAAAAUAGUAGGCUAGAAGGAUUUUCGAAAUCGAUUCUGCCGGAGUUUUCGCCAGAAUGGGUGCAGUAUAUCAAGGGCACGGCAGACUUUUUCGGGUUGAAUCAUUACACCUCCAACCUAGUGGAAAUAGUACCACGAGUGGCGGGCGAAGAGUGGUACGACUAUAGCGGCGUGAAAACAAGCGUAGAUCCAUCAUGGCCAUCAGCCGGCUCGAAAUGGUUGAAAGUCGUCCCUAGCGGAUUUCGGCAAGUUCUUAACCAGAUCACGACAGAAUACGAUCAUCCGCCCAUUUACAUUAUGGAGAAUGGCGUGUCUGACAAUGAUGGUAAUAUUAAUGAUUAUAAAAGGAUAUCGUAUUUACAUUCCUACAUGGAUGAAAUGCUAUCUGCCAUUUACAAGGAUGGAUGUAACAUAAAAGGAUAUUCUGUCUGGAGUUUAUUGGAUAGUUUCGAAUGGUCUAGGGGUUACUCAGAAAAGUUCGGAAUGGUACAAGUCAACUUUAUGGAUCCCAACCGAACGAGAACUCCAAAAUCGUCGUCGACGUGGUACAAAAAUGUCAUUAAGACUCGGGAAAUUCUGCGUAUCCAGAAUUCAAUCAUUUCUAACUUAUCUGUGGUAUACAUAUGAGUAAAACACGUAUAAACAACCAGAAUGAUAUAAUAACGUAAUAUUACAUAAUGUGUGAGAAAUUUAAUUUUAUAUUCCUAACAUACACGCACAGCCCGCGCUGCCCCAAAAUAUUUCUUAACUAAUUAUUUAUGCACUACGGCCUUAACUUAUGUUAUCCCAACUGAAGCCAAUAAAAUUAAAAAUAGCAUGAAGAAGAUA